CCUCCCUUCCCCCCGGGCCGCCUUCUGUGGCGGCGGGCAAGGGGCUGGGAGGGCUGGCGUCGCCAUGCGAUUUCGGGCUAAGAUCGUGGAUCUUGCCUGCCUCAACCACUUCAGCCGUGAGUAUGUCGGGGCAGGCUCAAGGGCGGCAGUGCCUCUGUGAGCGGCUGGGGCCGGCUUUCUCGGACAAAGAAAAGAGGAAGGGAGGUGAGGACCACAGUGCUUAUCUGGGAGGACGUGGCAUGAGGCGCUUUCCUUCGCCCCGAGGUAUAAUUAACACAAUCGUCAAGUUAGCCAAGACCUGCAUCCUGCGUCUUACUGUCUGCAAGCUGUAUUUCAUCCUCUCCGAUAAAGUAGCAAAUGGAGGCGCCAGUAUGUGGUGUGAGCUGAGCCAGGGGAAUUUCUUCGAUGAAUUUCAGAUGGAAGGAGUAGCUGCAGAGCACAAUGAAAUCUAUUUAGAGUUUGUGCCUGAGAACCUAUGGAGAGCAUUAAAAACUGCCCAGAGUGCUAAGGCAGUGAAGAUCAAGUUGACUAAUAAACACUGUCCCUGUCUCAGAGUUGCUGUGGAGCUACCAUCCUUAUCAAGCUGCAGUAGGAUUGUGACACAUGACAUUCCUGUGGGAGUUAUUCCCAGAAGAAUGUGGAAUGACUUCAGAGAGCCCAGCAUGCCAGACUUUGAUGUCAGUAUUUACCUACCAGUGCUGAAAACAAUGAAGAGUGUUGUGGAAAGAAUGAAGAAUCUCAGCAAUUUCAUUGUGAUUGAAGCAAACUUGAGUGGUGAAAUGAACUUGAAAAUAGAAACAGACUUAGUAUCUGUAACAACACAUUUUAAAGACCUGGGAAAUCCUCCCUGGGCAUCAGAGGACGGAUGUCAAAGUUCUGGUCAAGGUAGAGAUCUCGAAAGUAUGGCUGAAGCAUGCAUAGACAUCAAGAAGCUGCAGCAGCUGCUUGCUGGACAGCAAGUCAAUCCUACAAAAGCAUUGUGCAAUAUUGUACAUAAGAGAAUUGUCCACUUCAUCUUGCUCCAUGAGGAGGUUUCACUUCAGUAUUUUAUUCCAGCAAUUGCCUGAGUGUUUUGGAAUCUUGGUAAUUUUCCAGCCUGAGGCCUCUUUCAUGAAGUCUGAAAUCUUUCGUGAAUUGCUGGAUUAUUCUGAUGUGAGACACUGUUAGAUGCAGCCAUCAGAUGGACAUUAUUUCAAUAUUUAUGGAAAUGUUCAAAAUUCCUCCUCGUCCAGACAGCCAUUUUUUGCGAAUAGUUAUAUGCUAUGAAAGACACAAUGCUGGGGAGCAUUGGUAUAUCUUACUCUUAGGAGGAGCAAAACAGAAAUUUGUCUUAGCUACAGUUCAAAACAUUCCAAAAGCACACUGAAUUAAAUACUUCAGUCUUCUCAAAAAACUAAAGGUAGAAUUCACCUCUGGAGCUGCUGUUGUGUGUAUUCAGUAUUGAGCAAUGCAAUCCAAGUUAAGGGAUCUCUGAGCAAGCUGUAAUACCUCCAUGAAACAGGAGAGCCUUCUGGAGGGGUGCCUGAUUGGUAUUUGUCUGGUCAAGUAUGCACAACCCUCCUGAAGUUGUAUGGAAUUGAAUUCUGUUCCAGUAGGAAUCUUUUGAUUACACUUGCUCCAAAAUAUCUCAGUAGCUCUGUUCAUGCUUACUCUUUGUUUAACUCUUGGCCUGGGAGGAUGAGCAAAACAGUCUGAAUUACUUUGUUAAUGUGGGCAGUGAAAAUCAUUAUGUACGGAAUGAAUAUCAUAUGAGGAUGUGUGAGCAGAGCAAUUGGUGUGAAAUAAAGAAAAAGUUAUCCAUGGAUCACAUUUUUUCCCCUUCUGGCUAGAAAACAUUGUACAACCUGUGUUGUCAUGGUGUCAGACGUGGUAAGAUAGGCAAGACCAGGAAGUGUGAGCUGGAUGAGCAGAUGGUGAGGUGGAUUGAGUACAGGCUGUAUGGCAGGUCUCAGAGGGUUCUGAUCAGUGGUAUGGGGUCUAGCUGGAGGCCUAUGCUCUCAUGCCAAGCAGCCAAGAGGAUACCUGAAUUUCAGUCGUAGGAGUACUACCCCUGCUUCUACCUCCUGGCUAUUUUCUGAGGUAUUUUCCUCCUUAUUCCAUGUGUGAUUUAUUUGUUACCCUGGCAUGUACCAUACAGCUUUUUUUUAGUGAUUGAGUCUAUGCUGCCAAAUGAGACUGGGAGUUUCUUCUAUAAAGUAGCUUGUCAUGGUCAGAAGUGCUGGGUUUUUGAUGGGUUUUUUUUGAUGGUUUUUUUUUUCGAGGGGCAUUGACAUUAAGGGAGCAAUGAAUCUUUUGUCCAUGGAGAUGCAAAUGCUCAAGAGUAGGCUCAAGGAGAGGCAGUGGCAAUUGAGAAGGUAGAAUAGACUUGCAGUGAUGAGUAUGUUUUGACUGACUGUUUAUAGACCUUUCUACCUACUCCCUCUUUGUUCCUCCCUGCUCUCUCUUGCCCUGCACAUUGCCUCAUCAGUUGUCAUAUUUCCACCCACUGCUUGCAACAUGCUAAGGUUUGCAUCUUUACUAUUUGCAAAGUCCCAUUUUGCCUAUGUUGUGAGUUGACCUUGGUAAGCUGCUGCUCGCUCACUCAGUCACACCUGGUGGGAUGGGGGAGAGAAUUGGAAGGGUAAAAGUGAAAAAAAUCAUGGGUUGAGAUAAGGACAGCUUAAUAGGCAAAGCAAAAUACGGAAUUCAUUCACUACUUCUCAUGAGCAUAGGUGUUUAACCAUUUCCAGGAAAGCAGGGCUCCAUCAUGCAUAACACUUACUUGGGAACACAGACUGCAUAACUAAAUGCCCUUUUCUUCCUCCUUCUUUUGCCUGAGAUGAAUGCGAUCCUGUAUGAUACAGAUAUCCCUCUGGUCAGUUGGGGUCAACUGUCCCAGCUGUUUCCCUACCAAUUUCUUGUGUGCUUCCAGCAUAUUUGCUAGUGGGGCAGUAUGGGGGACUAAUGCCUUGAUGCUAUAUAAAUGCUGCUCAGCAAUAAUAAAAACAUCGCUGUGUUAUCAGCACUGUUUUGAUCAUAAAUCCAGAACAUAGCACCAUAUGAGCUACUAUGAAGAAAAAAAUUUCUAUCACAGCCAAAACCAAGGUAGCCUGCUGUUUCUUGAUAGCCCAACCAACAAUUAAUGCAAACAGAUAUUUUCAGUUCUUUUUUUUCUGGUUACUGUCUUUGUUAAUGCUAAUCAAUCAGGGUUUAUAUUUGUGUUUGCCUCAUUUGUUUUCUUUUUCUCAUCCAGUAUAGGAUGUGAUCAAUCACAUAACCAUAGAAUAAAUACUCUAACACUUUCACACCGAUACCUCCUAAAAUACUCACAUCACUUUUGUGUCCCUUGGUGUCCAUGUUUUUGGUUUCUUCCUCAUAACCCUUUUUUGGUAUGGUAUGGAAACUUAUAACCUUCUCUUGUUUUUCUUGCUUUUUGGUUACACACUGCAUUGCUGAUCCUUAUUUUUAUGCUGUAUUUGAAAAAGCCUUUGCAUAUAGUCUGGUUUUUUCAACGUCAUAGCAAUUAAAAAAGAAUGACAUUUUGAUUAGAAAACGAAAACAGAGGGUGGUAAAGAGCUGUGGAAAAAUGUAUUACUCUCCUUUCUAAGAAAAAGCUGGGAACAAGUAAUGGGCCACAGUUAACCCUUGCGAGAGGGUUUUUCAUAAAUGACAAUUCUCAAAUGGGCAGAUUGCCAUGACUAAAUGUAAGACUGAAAUGAUUUCAACACUGUAUGUAUGCUAAGGAAAAAAUACUGUUUCCAGAGCAAGCAUCAUGAAUGACCCAGUUAAAAUCAUUUAGGCAUAGACUCAGUUAUGUUGCACGCAUAGUAGGUGGCUAAAAAGCUAUGUGAUCUUGACUUAAAUAUCUCUGCUUCAGUUCUUCAUACGUAAAACACUUUCUGCUAUACAACUGGGUGCAAUGUGUGAUGAAUAAAUGCAUGAAGGAUUUCCAGUGCA